AUGGACACGACACGGAUCGCUAAGGUAGAAAAUGUCACCCUCUCCAGGCGUGGUGAACGGGCCACCGGCACCCUUCACCUUACUACCCAUCAUUUGAUUUUUUCGCAUAUACCUCCUGCACCUGAGGGGACCGAAGGGAGCAACGACACUAAACCUAGAGAACUAUGGAUUACAUACCCUAUUAUAUGUUUCUGUACCUUUAGACCUGCCACUACAGCUUCCCGCCAGCCCUCAUCCAUUCGCAUCAGGUGUCGUGAUUUUACUUUCGUAUGCUUCAACUUUCCAAGCGAUACUCAGGCAAGAGAUGUUUACGAGAGUAUAAAAUCAUGGACGUGUAGAAUCGGGCGUGUUGAAAAGCUAUAUGCUUUUAGCUACCAUCCUCCAGCUCAGGAGCGCAAGUUCAACAGCUGGAAUAUAUACGAUCCCCGAAAAGAAUGGGCACGACAGGGAGUUGGAAACCCGGAUUUGCCAUCAAGCUGGAGAAUAUCGACUAUAAAUAUUGAUUAUAAUCUAUCACCAACCUACCCCGCAUUGUUAGCCGUUCCGGCGAACAUUUCCGAUAACACAAUAAACUAUGCCAGUAGAUAUCGCUCGCGAGCCCGAAUUCCAGCCUUAACGUACUUACAUCCGGUCAAUAAUUGCUCUAUCACGAGGUCGUCGCAACCCCUUGUGGGCGUCCGAAAUAAUCGGAGCAUUCAAGAUGAAAAGCUUCUUGGUGCAAUUUUCGAUACUUCCCGCCGUGAAAAAUUAACAAUUAGAACACCUCCAACUCUAGAUACCGAAAUCUCAAAUUCAAGCUCAGAGGAGCAAUGUGGUGUCCAGGCCAAUUUUGAGUUUUCAAGCACAGAGGAGUUGGAGGACGAGGUUAUAUCUGCCGUUCAAUCCGGCUCUAUAUCUCCUAAAGCUCAGAUAUACGGUGCUCAACAGCACAAUCUUAUAGUUGAUGCGCGCCCAACUGUGAACGCUUUAGCAAUGCAAGCAAUGGGCAUGGGCUCAGAAAAUAUGGAUAAUUAUAAGUUUGCCACAAAGGCCUAUCUGGGAAUUGAAAACAUUCAUGUCAUGAGGAAUUCACUUAAUCGGGUAGUCGAUACUCUGAAAGACUCCGAUGUAACACCUUUAGGACCCAAUCGUGACCAACUGGAGCGGAGUGGGUGGCUGAAACAUAUCACUGGCCUCUUGGAUGGUGCUGCUCUUAUUGCAAGACAGGUUGGGUUACAGCAUUCUCAUGUUCUGAUUCACUGUUCAGAUGGGUGGGAUAGAACAAGCCAGCUAAGCGCGCUUAGUCAAUUAUGCCUUGAUCCCUACUUCAGAACACUCGAAGGAUUUAUGGUUCUUGUUGAAAAGGACUGGCUCUCUUUUGGCCACAUGUUUCGUCAUAGAUCGGGCCACCUUAACAGCGAAAAAUGGUUUCAAACCGAGAACGACAGGAUUGGCGGUGAAUCUACCAGAACUGGGUUUGGAGAUCCAGCAGCAGCAGGGAAAGCCAUUGAAAACGCAUUCCUAAGCGCGAAGGGGUUUUUUAAUCGGGAUAAUGCUAGCCGGGAUUCUCUGGCCGAUUCCGAUGGAGAAGUAGUGCCUUUUGAAACAGAUCCGGAUACCAAAAAACCCAUUCCACGAUCGGGGUGUGCUGCGGUUGAGGUUGAAACUACAAAAGUGAAGGAGACAAGCCCUGUUUUCCACCAAUUCCUGGAUGCUACGUAUCAGAUGUUGUAUCAACAUCCUACACGAUUUGAGUUCAAUGAACGUUUUCUUCGAAGGCUUCUUUAUCAUCUCUACUCCUGUCAGUACGGCUCAUUUCUUUUUAACUGCGAAAAGGAGCGUAUCGACCAGAAAGCCAGGGAUUUGACUCGCAGUGUUUGGGAUUAUUUUCUUGCCAGGAGAGAACAGUUUAUCAACCCUCAAUAUGACCCCAAUAUUGACGAUAACACCCGUGGUAAAGAGCGAUUGCUGUUCCCUCGAAUGGAUGAAAUUCGAUGGUGGAGCGAGGCCUUUGGCCGGCCGGAUGUUGAGAUGAACGCCCCGCGGUCGCGUAAUAUAAACGUUCAAGACGGAGGAGCAACUGGCGGCACGCGAACUCCAGUUUUAACAGGGGUAGAAACAGCAGAACAAGCUGUAAGCGGCGACGCAUACAACAAGCCUACACUUUCCUCUGCGUCUUCUUCGGGGCUUGCUGUACUUGCUGCAGGCCUUUCUGGCUUAGGUUUGGCAUCGGGCAAGGACAGCAGCCCUUCCAUCGAACCUAAAGAGCUGGAAGUUGAGAUGCAAUGA